AUGUUGCUCUCUCGAAGGCUGUGUAUUCUUCCUUCUUCCACUGGGUUGCUGAACUACCACUCAGUGGUCAGUGAAGGCUCUGCUGUGGCCUCUCACCAAACAUCGGCAACUCCUUUGACUUAUGACCAACUGCCUGGUGACUGGAAGAAAGGAUGGAGUAGCUUGUACCAUUUCUGGAAAAAGGACGGAUUUAAGAAUAUUCAUCAUCUCAUGGUGGAAAAUUACCAACGUUUUGGACCUAUUUACAGGGAGACUCUGGGAACACAGAACAGUGUCUACAUUCAGCAUCCAGAGGAUGCUGCUGCAUUAUUCCUUGUGGAAGGGAUACAUCCUGAACGUCUUCGGGUUCAGCCAUGGUAUGAGUAUCGUGAUUUUCGUAAUAAAAGAUAUGGAGUGCUAUUAAAGAGUGGAGAAGAAUGGCGUUGCCAAAGACUUAUACUGAAUCGAGAGGUCCUUUCUGUGUCAGGGAUGCAUCGCUUCCUGCCUCUCCUGGACAAUGUUGGACAGGACUUUGUUCGUAGAGUUUACUCUCAGGUGGAAAGAAGUAGUCGGGGAAAGUGGACAGCUGAUCUGACCAAUGAGCUCUUUCGAUUUGCAUUGGAGUCUGUUUCCUAUGUGCUUUAUGGACAACGUCUUGGCCUGCUGCAAGAUUAUAUAAACCCUGAAUCUCAAGAAUUCAUAGACUCUGUAACUACCAUGUUCCACACCACUAGCCCCAUGCUUUACAUUCCUCCACGGCUUCUGAGGUUAAUUAACUCCUCCAUUUGGAAAAACCAUGUAAAGGCCUGGGAUUCAAUCUUCAACCAUGCGGAUCGUUGUAUACAGGGUAUCUACAGCUCUCUAAGGCAUCGCUCUGACAAUACAUAUGCAGGAGUCCUUUCCAGUCUCCUUCUUCAGGAUAAGCUUCCACUUGAAGACAUUAAAGCUAGUAUCACUGAACUGAUGGCAGGAGGUGUGGACACGACAGCAGUAACCCUUCAGUGGGCCAUGUAUGAGCUGGCACGGGUCCCAGCCAUCCAGGAAAAGCUUAGGUCUGAAAUUGUAGCUGCCAGGGCAGCAUCUGGAGAUGACUUGGCAGCACUACUGAAGAGAAUCCCAUUGGUCAAAGCAGCGUUGAAAGAAACUCUGAGACUGCACCCUGUUGCUAUCACAUUACAGAGAUAUACCUGGAAGGAUACAGUUAUCCGCAACUACAUGAUACCAAAGGGGACUUUGGUGCAAGUUGGACUUUAUGCGAUGGGACGGAAUCCUGAUAUCUUCACCUUUCCUGAAAGGUUCUCUCCCGAGCGCUGGCUAGGGCAAGAAUCCACUCAUUUUAGAGGCUUAAGCUUUGGUUUUGGUCCUCGACAGUGUCUUGGCAGAAGAAUAGCAGAAAUGGAGAUGCAGCUUUUCCUCGUCCAUGUUCUGGAGAAUUUCAAGAUAGAGACAAACCGAAUGGUUGAAGUUGAAUCAACUUUUAAUCUCAUUCUCUUCCCUACCAGACCCAUUCAGUUAACCUUGUCCCCGUUAUCACUGAAUGGUUCAGAAAGACACUCCUAAGGACUUCUUGCUUCAUGGACAUGCCUGUAUAACACAUAUAGAUAACAAAUAAGAAGAUAUCAUUUGUUGGACCUGAGCAAGAAACAAUAAUCUGUCAAUAAAAUCACACACAAAAUAACAAGAAAUACAUGACAAAGAUCUGAUUUCUACCAAUGCAUUUGUACAGAUAUAAAGUACUAUUUUUUCUUGCUUGUUUGCUAUAUGCCGUAGGCCUUAAAACAGGAAAAUGUGGAUCUUCACAAAUGCAAAAAGAAAAAUUACACAAACAGUUCUAUACAAGUAUGCAAAAGCUGAAAUGUUUCUGUAAUUUGCUUUAAAGGGGUUGGCCCAUCUCAUACAUUGGGGAUAUAUUGCUAGGAUAUUUCCCAAUGUCUGAUAGGUGUGGGUCCCUCUGCUGGGGCCCGCACCUAUCUAUAGAAUGGAGCCUGCAUAGUGAAGGAGGGCGCACUGCGCAUCCACCCUCCAUUCAUUUCUAUGGGACUGCUGAAAAUAGCCAAGUGCUGGGUAGACUAUUUCUGUCUUCCUCAUUGAAGUGAAUGGAGUGGUGGCUGGAGUGCUUCCCAUUCAUUUCAAUUGGACUUCCGAAAAAUAGCCAAGUGUGCUCCUCGGCUCUUUUCAGCAUUCCCAUAGAAAUGAAUGGAGGGCGGAUGCGCAAGUGCAGUGCACCCUUCUUCACUUUGUGGACUCCGUUCAGUGGCGUAAUUACCGGGGAAGCAGGGGAAGCGGCUGCUUCGGGGCCCGGGCUGACAAGGGGCCCGGCGCCCGACAGCGUGUCAGUCAAGUUUAAUCUUUUUCAUUUAUAUGCAAAUUACC